AUGAGUAGUGCUCAGGGAGUGUGGAGUGGCAGUGUACCAGCGGAAUCGACGGCUAUGAAUGGCAUUCGAAACGGUAUAUUGUAUUUCUUUGGAAUUAUAUGUUUCUCGUUUUUUUAAAUUUCUUUCUAACUUUAUUCAUUUUUGGGGGUGAGUUUGAGUGAUAAGUCAGAGAACAUAUUGAGAUUUGCGAUCCUGUUGGUCUGUCUGAGAAAUAUUUUCGUCCCUCCGAGGACCACUUAGGUUCAAGUCCUCCGAGUUACCACUUAAACUUACCACCAAUUGUUUCAAGUUGCGCUACGCACUAUUACGACUUUAAAACUACCGUAGCAAUAUAAUUAUUACUUUUAGAAAGGAUUGUUGAAUUUUGAAAUUUUCGCGUUUUGGCUCACGAUUAUAUUGGGUUUUAAGUUUCUUGCUCAAGCUUUAGAGGCGCGAAACUCUUGCACGACUCGAAAUAACAAUCUUCGCCUCCAGAGCUUAUUGAAAAUAGUCAAUUCACUUUUUAAUACUUGUGCAAGUGUUUUUGAACAUGCCGUGUUCCUUGGAAAGCAUCUUGAUUAUUUUUGAAAAGUGAAGGUUUUCUUAAAAAAUGAUUCUAAGCUCCCAUUUUCGCAUUCUCACUUUUUCGUGGAAAUAGAGGGGAAAAUUUGUUGUAAAUUUAAAAAUAGUGAAAGUACGAAUAUUCGCGGAAAUCUUUCCUUUUGGAUCGUUGUAAUAAAAAAUUGGAAGUCCUUUUUAUUUUUUCCUAUUUAAAAAAAAAUUUCUGAGUAGAUUUCAAAUCGCUCUUUUCACGAAUUAUUCACGAUUCCUAUAUUUUUUUCUUGAGGAGUUGGGGAUAUAGAAAGUAUCAAUACGAUUUUCAAUGGAAAAAGUAUCUUACUUCAUUUAAAACGCUUCAGGAACAACUGAACUACCGCCGCCGGUAUCUCGCGAACGUCACGGCUCAUCUGGAGCCAGUUCGGUGGCCUCGGUGCCAACCUAUCCACAACAUCAUCACCAGCACAACAACGUCAACGGGUUUCCUUCGUUUCGUCGCGGUGGAGGGAUGCGCGACUACGGAGGACGUCGGAGUACUGAUUACAGUUUCUUCGUCGUUAUUUUUUAUUAUUUUUUUUCUCAAUUAGGAAUGGCCGGUUUUUGUUUUAGCAGAGCGUGCGAUAUGCGUUUCUAGUUUCAAUCAAAAAGUUGAAUUUUUAGAUUUUGCUCAUGAGGGAGUACUUUUACUUUGCUGCCGGGAAUUUCCUGAAGGCCAAAAUACUUAAUGUACCAGGAAGAAGAUAAGGGAAGUUUCAACCUGCACAAGCUUCAAAAUAGCUCGUUUUAACUGAUUUCGAGAGUCUUCUUCGACUUUAAGGUGUCUUUUUUCGAAAAAUAGAAACCUGGUCAGAUUGAGACUUUCAGAACUUUUUUCCGGUAAAUCAAGAAGUUCUCUAGUCAAUUUCUAGGAAAAUCGCAAACUAAUAUGACCUCCAGUGUUAGAAAACUUUUAUUUGAUAUUUGGAAUUCAGAGAACUUCACGUUAAUCUUCAGACUUCGGGCGCCGCGGUGGAAUGAGGAAUUUUGACGAUCCGAGAGGCUACUCGGACUACUACAAAGGCCCACACAUGUCAAUGCACGGAAAUAAGUAGUUUAGGGGGAAAGAAAGGGGAUUUUGUAUGUCUUGGGAUUCAGUUUCCACUACAGCCGCCAGUGGAACGACUACAAUGCUCCGCGUGAGCGUCGGACAUCAAUGCAAUAUCGGGACAAUCAGACCUUGUGUGAGUUUUCCGAGUAAUAAGAUAGUAGUUUUGAUGCGGUUACCACAAGGAAGGUCAUUCUACAUUGAAGAUGAGCGUUUUUGUUAAGAUUUUGACUUGUGAAUCCCUUGGCGUACCAGAAGAAAAUUUUGAAGUUUUCUUCGACUUUCAGCUAAUCCUUUUCGCUCAAAGUUCAGUUUGAAGGCGGUUUCGGAGCAUUUUUCAGAUUUCACUUUUUCCCGAGUGCAGUGCUUUUGAGCCAGCUCUCUAAAGUAUUUCUUGAUUUCAUUUCAUGUUUUAUGAAAUUGUUAACUAAUUAAAUCUGCACAGCAUCGUAGUUAUCGAGAAAUGAAGGCUCCAGUUACAAAUAUGACCCGUUUUAAAGUUUUUAAUCGUUUUCUUUGACUUCGAGGUGUCCUUUCUCAAAAACUCUGAAGUUUUUCAGGUUGAAACUUUCAGAAUCUUCAUCUUGCAGUUCAAAAAGUGCUAAUGCUAAUUUUGAGCAAAUUUCUUAACCACUAAAUAAAAUCACUUUCCAUUCUCAGGUGCUGAAAAAUUUUAAGAGCUAAAGUUUUCCAAAAGGAAAGUUAAGUAGUUUUCAAAAGGUCAAAAGGCUGAGGCCGAUGACCACAAAAAAAGAAACUGAUACCGAGUAAAAAAUUUUUUUUUUUAUUGAAAAAAAUAGUGGUCAUUAUUUAGCAGUUCUAUGACAUUUUCCCACUCGCUAUUCUGACUAGGGAACUACUCGGACUCGGGUACGCGUUUCGAGUUGAAACUUUGGUGGCUUAGAGACUUGGGUAAGAGUACUUGGAAACAAGAGAGAUUAUCUGCUAAACACCAUAGACUUCUGAGAAAAUGCUUUUUGAAAAUGAACAGUUUAGGCUUAAAAAUUAUCAAGUUUUUGCUUUCCUCCGUCUUUUAGCUGGAAAAAAGUUUUUUGAAGUUUAUCAUAGCCGGAUCAUUCGAUGCGAUUGUACUAAAGUAUAAAAUAAGGUAAAAAACAGUAUUCUGAAAAUUUUCAGGCCUAAUUUUCACAUUUUCUACAAAUUUUUUCUCAGUUUUCUAUUGGGUUUAGCAGAUAUUCUCACUUAGGUCUAUAAACCACUAAAGUUUGAACUCGAUCUGCGUACUCGAGUCCGAGUAGUUCCCUAGUGAGAAAAAUUGUAUUGUUUGAACAAAAAAAGGUUAUAAAAAAAUUAAACAGUUUAUUUGAAUGAUGUAUAGAAGUUUGUCUAGAUCAUCUAGUUCUAGAAAAAGUGUAGCGAAAAUGAUUUUUUUUCAUUAGCGCGUCGUUCUUCACCGGUUCGCGCUCGAUACGAAGAUAAUAUGGAAGAAGGGAGCACUUUGCCGAGAUACAGAGCUGCUGGUACAGCUCCAAGCAGUAGGUUGGUAAAGCUUGAAGAGAACUCAAGUUCUGGAAAAUUUUAUGAUGAACAUUUUAGAAAAUAGAGGCUUUCCUACUGUAACAAAGGAUGAUGAAAGUACAAUUUCGGCCAAAAAUUGAGCUGAUAAAAAAAGAGAAAAUAAAGAAAAAUGAGUACUUAGCUCAGAAGUCUGGGUGGGAAGCCCAUGUGUCCUUCAUCUCUUUUAAAAGAUUUUAACCAUUAAGUGAUAUUUCAUGUGCUCAUUCUCGUGCUCAGGUUCCCCAAAAUUGAACGCUCAGAGCAGAAUUUUCACUUUUGCGCUAAGUCGAAAAAGUGCUCUCAAUUACUAACAAUUUCACCACGGAAAACAGUGAUCUGAGGUCAAAAAUAGAGCGAAAUAUAGGUUUCAUGGAGUGAGUCCAAUUAAAUUCAUUUUAAUUUUGACUGGAAGAGUUCUAAUGGUGUCUUUUGAGUGAUAGUUCAAAGUUCAAGUUAUUUGGUUCAAUCUCUUACUUUGAAAGCUAGUUGCAAAGUUCUCAAACCUGAAAAUUGAAAAAAAAAAGUUUUUUAGAAUCUUUCUCGGGGAAAUAAACGUUAUUCACGAUAGAGCUUAAUAGUCAGAGUGAAUUUUUUGGACGUAAGUUUGAUAAUGAGCCUUAAAAUUUGCCUAAAGAAGAACGGGAAUGAAAGAACAGCAACGGCUUGAAGAGACGCUAGAAUGAGAGUAGUUCGAGCUUCUCUCGCGUCUCUUCAGACCUUCAUUUUAUUUUUUUUUUUUUUUUGUACAUUUGUUCUUCCUUUCAAUUAUUUUUUUAGAGCUGUAGUUCCGAUACAAGUUGUAAUGUUUUUUCCAGCAUUUCACCGUUUGCCGCCGGUCAGAAUCUAACAAAAAGCGACGCCCUCAAUGUUACACGAGGUUUGAAAAAGUUUAAGUCUGCAAAAUAGUAAUCGCUGCUUUUCUUACAUUUUUUCUCUCGAAAUUAGGCAUUUUUCAAUCGAAAAAAAAACUGUCUAUCACCUUUUUUUCCGAAAUUUUGAUAUUUUUCAGAAAUGUCUUCAACUACACCACAGUCCUCUCCGAAUGGCGGAGUACAAAGUCAAACUGACAAGUAAUUUUGAAAGAGAGAGAAUGGACAAAAAGUUAUUUUUCCAGAGAUGUGGACUUUAAAUUUUUGCUCCAAAGUGCACUAUGGCAGAGUGGGUUUUGUUCUUUUCAUUUUUGGCAAUUUCAUCUCAUUUACGGUUCAAAAAAAAGUUUUUCGCGAUUCGAUCGUCUUGAAUUUGACAAAAAGAAGCAUCAGCCUAUCCUUGAGUCCAAAAGGAGAUUUAAAAAAAGUUUAAAUAAGAGAAUUUCUCCAAAUACAAUCGUCAAGUUUUUUGUAAAAGCUAGCCCUUGACUUUUCCGGCUGUGAAAAAUUGCGAAGAUCGGAAGGUUUUGUCGAUUUAUCCGGAGUUUUUUCUAGUAUCUUCUACUUAUUCGUUGUAUGUUUGUGAGUUAAGGAAAGCUAAAGAAUUAUAAUUACUGUCAGAAAGUUCAUUUUUGGAUUCUGAAAUUCCAUUUUAAAGUUCAUUAAUUUCAUUUUUUUAAGUUCUUACAUUUAUUUUUUUGACUUCGAAAAUUUCAUAAUUAACUUCAGAAAGAUCAAUUUUUUUGAAUUUACAAGCUUCAUAUUUGAUUUGAGGAGUUACGUAUUUGGAAGCAAAAUUGAUAACUUAGAACUCAAAAUUUCCUAUUUGACCUCAGAAGUUUCAGCGUCUUCGCCGUACGCGACCGUCUCGACGCCGACCCAAGAAGCGGCUCCGAGCUACAAAAGCGCUGGGAACUCGCCGGACGGAAACUCGGAAGCAGCCGCCGCCGCCAGCAACUUUUCCGCAGCCUUCAGCAACGCGGUGUCCCAACAGAGCAUGUACGCCUGGAUUCUGCAGUCAGUUUUCUUUUCCUAUUCUUCUUUUUUCCCUUUUUUUUUUUGAAACAGGUUUUAUAUUUUUAAUUUUUCACGACUUGAAAGGCGAGAUGGGUUAAUUGGCAAAGGUGACGCGUUGCGUACGCGAUGCGGCUUUUCGGCGGGGAAGUCAGAGUCAAACGCGAGCCGCUUUCAUUUUUCAUCUGCUGUAAAAAGUAUAAAAACGAAAAAAAACAUCUUCUUUUUCGAAAAUUCAUCGAACAUUGCGUUUGACCUCCAGCUUUCCGAAAAAAAAAGCCGCGACGCGUACGCAACGCUUUGUUCUUGCCAAUCUACCCAUUUUGCCUUUCAAGUCGGCAAGAAUUGACUACAACUCGAUGAAUGGAUGAAUGCAAUGCGAAGGGAAAACUGACUUGUAUCUAUCGAACUAUUCCGUUUUUUUUUCUUUUAGAAAAUCAUGGAAAAUCAACAUUCUUUGAGUAUAACUCGGAAACGAAUUGAAGUGAUUGGCUUGGGCUUUGGGAAAAUAAUCUUGAUUUAAUUUAAAAAAACUUGAAUGGGGAAUGGAGUGAUUUAUUGAUGAUUGAAGAUUGGAGAUCAGAGAAAUUUUCCAUGGGUGAGUGGAAAAUUAGAAGAUGAGUUUUUCUCAAAUUUUUUAGAUGGUGAACCCGAUUUUUGCUCAUGUCAUUAGGGUCACUCUAAAACUGUGAAAUUUGACAAAUCUGUUCUUUUUUAUCCAGCAAAAUUGGUCGAGAAAUGAAACGAAGUUGAUGCUUAAUACUUUUCUGAAUAGCUAUUAACUAUUUUUUUUCCGUCACAAAUCAUUCCUGAACGGCCGUGAUUGUUUCGGGCAGUGUGACGCUUAUUGCGAGACUGCGAAAGAAAAAAAAAACGAUGGCAAAAAAUGGCGUCCAGCCGCCGACCGGUCGCCCGGUUUCCGCCCAUCCGAGUUUCACUUGAUGGAUUUCCACUUUGUGUGUGUGUGUGUGUUUCAUUAUGUUUGUUUUCGAUAAAUGCUGGAUUUGGUCAUCAAAUGGUAGGUUUUGAAUGGUUGGAUCUAGUUCCUAUUCUUCUGCGUAUUUUUAUUAGGAUUUGAGAGGUUGGAAACGGAAGAAAUGGCUGUUUUUUCAACUCUUCGAUUUUUUGUGACGGGAUUUUUGAUAACAAACUAGCUUACUGUGUUGGAACUUGGUAGUCAAAAGUGAUAAUACAGAACAAUUUAUGGCAGUUCAAAAUUUUUUUUAGAAAAAACCAAGUUUUCUGUAGAGUUGACUGAAAAGAGAAUGUGAUCUGAUUUUAAUGAACGUUGAAAAAUUAAACAAGGCUUAAUGCUUAUGGAUUUUAGUUUGGAAAUUAAGCGUUAUGGGGAAGAACUAGUUUGCCCAAAAGUUCUUUUUGGAUUGUUUAAAGGAGCAUAACCAAUUUCCGAAAAGUCUCACUGGCCUUUAAAAGCCUUUUAGGAGAUAUUUUAGGUCACCUAAUGCUUCUCCGCCUUCCCGAAAUUGACUAUGACGAGGAAUCUUGAAAGGAGGUUAUAAUUUUUGAUCUUCGAAAAGGUCACUUUCCCUAGAUUGGCCAAAGUAUCGACGAUUAUUAUCUCUAAUAGACCCAAAAACAAAAACACGAACUAUGGCAAGGGAUCUUGAACUAAGGUUAUAAUUUUUGAUCUUUGAAAAUGCCACUUUCACUAGAUUAGCUGGGAUUUCGUCGAUUAUCUGGAAACUGGACUCAGCAACUUGAUCUUUUGAAAUUAUUUUCAAUUUGGCCAACUCCAGUUUGCACGAAGGAAACGAACCCGGAACAUGUGCGCGUUCCAAUCGGCGACGGCGAUUUUUGGGCUGUUUUUUGCUCUCUUCUCUGAAUUUCGGUCGGUUUCUCACCUGGGCACACGCGCGCCACGUUUCGUCGUACGGGUUUGCGUCUUUGCUGCGUGCGGAGGACGACACGGUCUCCGCAACGGAAAGGGCCCCAACAAAAACCCGUUUGCCGACGAUGACGACGGUUUUGAAGCAUCCGCCAAGCAUCGGAUGGCUUCUUCAACUUUUUCCCCCUCCUCCUUUUCCUACUCCCCUCUGA